CUAACAUGCCGCGACGCUUAAACCCUAAAGAGAGGCAAAAUUAGGGUUUUGUGCAUUUACAAGCCUUCUCUGACUGUUUGUCUACCAAGUUCUUCGAUUUUGAGGAGUUGAUAUGGCUCUUGCGCGUAUCGAACGCAUGAAGCUAGCAAACCCCGAUAUACUCAUCGGAGAGAAUUACGACACUGCGCUACAACUAUUAAUCCGAGAACUCCUGGACGAAAUUCAGAGUAAUGCCUCUGAUUUUUCUGGUUUUAUCGACAGAUUCUACGAAUUAAUUCAAGCGAGGAUCGACCCACCUCUCGAAUCGAUCUGGGUAUACUCUGCUUUAACCUUUCGUAGUCGCAAAAUCUCAGAUGAGGAUCUUUCGUCGCGAGUUUUGGCCGCAAAGGACCUAUUUCAAUUUAUAUCGUCAUGUUCCUCGUCCUGUAGUUCAGCAAAGAGCAUUGCAUUGCUUGCUCCGGUCGUCUUGGAGACUUAUAAGUUAGUGGUUGAGUUGUUGGGAAGAGAGUUGGGUUCCAAGAGAGAGAAGAAGGCAAAGAGAGUAGUCAAAUCUUUGAUAGAUGGGAUUCUUGGGAAUAUAAGUAUUUGCUGUGGUGGGGAUUUGAGUGAGGACAAUGAUUCGGAUUUGAUUGUUGGGUUUGCGGAUUUGGUUCGCCUUUGGAUAGAUUCGAAAAAUUUAGUGUCUUUUUUCCCACUAGUUAGCAGUGAUAUUAUACGCAGAGAAGUUGGUAUGGAGGGGUGUGAUACGGAUUGUUUGGCUAUCAUGGUUAUGGUGCAAGCAUUUCUGUUGAAACUGUGCUUAAAUUUGCGGCUAGGGUUUGAAGGGUUAGAGUCGGAGAAUGAGCUGAGAAACUGGGUUGUUACUUCUAUAAAUGGCUUUAAGCGCAUUUCCUUCUUUGAGAACCUUGUAAGAAUGCUGCUGGAGGCAACAUUCCCUGCUACGAGCCUGGUGAGUUCUGAAAUUGGAGUUUUGUUGAGGAGAAUACUGUAUGAUGCAGUUAUAAUGGUCGAUUACUCUUUCCUUAAACCUGAGAGAUCAGUUCAGCUACCAGCUGAGCAUGUCAAAAGUCUAUCUCUGUCAAGAUUGAUUAUUACCCAUGAAGCCAUUGAAUUUUUCAGAAAUAAUGGGGAUCUGAGGAGAGCUAUCUCCUAUACAGGUGCCUUCUCAAGUUCCCAAUUACCUUCCCAAAUAAUCAAAUUGGUCACAGGCCAGGUUGGCAUGCAGGAAGAAGCAAGUAGAUUAGAUGGAUCAUCUCCGAAAGGCCUUUUAAAGUGGUUAAUAAACCUUGAGGAUCAAGGGGUAAGGGUAUUUGAUGAUGUCUUAAAACACCAUGCCUAUUCAGUUGUGAAUAAUGCCGAAUCAGAAGAUACUGUACCGUCAUCUGAGGUGGAUAAGAAGAAAGUGAACGAGGAACUCCUCUUCUAUAUUGAUAAGGGGGAAGAGAAAGAUGGAGAUGAAGAUGAAGGAGACAAGGAGACCAAUGAAUCCAUGAGUGCUGCAUUUAUCGCUGCUACUCAUACGAUGAAGUUAAGAGCAGACAGGAGUAGCAAAAGGAAAGAUGGGGGAAGUUCUAAAACGAAGAAAAAUAAGAAGAUCAAAUAUCAACCUCAUGAUAUUCAUGAUGGUCCGGAUUCAAUGAGACCAGGGUUAUUGUCAGCAGGUGAUGAUGAUUCAAAUAGUGAAAGUGAAGUUGAGAAUCCACUUUCUGAUGACAAUGCAUAAGAAACGUUCUCUGGUUCUUUGAAGUUACAAUGACGAUGACUGUGCCAUUUUAACUACUAGCUUUGCUCUCCCUUUUGUUAGAAAGAGUGAAGUUAUUUUGGCACUUGAUAGCUGAUACCCACAUCAAACGAUUAUUAUCUUAUGCUAAAAUGAUUGUAAUAGUUCUGCAUUCAUGUGAUUGUAAUGUAAUUGGUUCUGAUACAAUUUAUGGCGAACUGCCGGACGAAGUUAGUUCAAUUUUGAUGGA